AUGAGAAAUCAUCAUCAUCAGGAGCCUCGAUCAAGCUCUUCAUGCGCAGCUUGCAAGUUCCUCAAGCGACGCUGCACUUCCAACUGCAUCUUCGCUCCGCAUUUCCGAUCCGACGAGCCCAAGAAGUUCGCCAAGGUCCACAAGGUCUUCGGCGCUAGCAACGUGAGCAAGAUCCUGACUGAAGUGCCCGAGGAGCAGCGGGAAGACACGGUGAAUUCCUUGGCCUAUGAGGCCGAGGCCAGGCUCAGAGACCCUGUCUAUGGCUGCAUUGGCGCCAUAGCCCUGCUGCAGAGGAGAAUGGUUGAGCUCCAAGUCGAUCUUGCCCUCGCCAGAGCUCGUCUGGCUCGGUGUACAGCUUCUGUUACAUCUUCUCUGCCUAACUCUGCCUCAGCUUCCAUCGCCGGAAUGGAAAAUCUCGGUGAAUGUGAAUUCCCGGUGGCCUGCGGUGGAUUGAUUGAUGGGUUUGGCAGUAAUGAUAAUAACCAGUCUGAGUGGAGCCAAGAUGGACCCGCCGGCAGCGAUUUCGGGCAAUUCCCAUAUAUGUUCUGA